GCCACAUGUCGAAGGGGAAGAGUUAAGACCCUACAGCAUCAGUUCUCAGGCCAAAAUCCCCUCUCUUCUCUGCAAGUCCCCGAAAACCCUAGAUAGGACUCGAAAGAACCCUAGGGAACAACCAAUCCAAUGGGGACGAACACGCUGAAUCUGGAGUGCAGGAUGUACGAAGCGAAGUACCCGGAGGUGGACAUGGCGGUGAUGAUACAGGUGAAGAACAUAGCCGACAUGGGGGCGUACGUGUCGCUUCUGGAGUACAACAACAUCGAGGGCAUGAUCCUCUUCUCGGAGCUCUCCCGCCGCCGAAUCCGUAGCGUUAGCAGCCUCAUCAAGGUCGGCCGCAUCGAGCCUGUCAUGGUUCUUCGAGUCGACAAGGAGAAAGGCUACAUCGACCUCAGCAAGCGCCGCGUCUCCGAGGAGGACAUCCUCGCCUGCGAGGAGCGCUACAAUAAGAGCAAGCUUGUCCACUCCAUCAUGCGCCACGUCGCGGAGACUAUGAGCCUCGAUCUCGAGGAUCUGUAUAUUCAUGUUGGGUGGCCUUUGUAUCGGAAAUAUGGUCAUGCUUUUGAGGCAUUCAAAGUAAUUGUUAAUGAUCCUGAUUCAGUGCUCAAUUCCCUUACCCGUGAAAUUAAGGAAAUUGGUCCUGAUGGACAGGAGGUGACUAAGGUUGUUCCUGCUAUGUCAGAGGAAGUUAAAGAUGCUUUAGUAAAAAACAUUAGGAGGAGAAUGACUCCACAACCAUUGAAGAUUCGAGCUGAUGUUGAGAUGAAAUGUUUCCAGUUUGAUGGUGUUCUUCAUAUUAAGGAAGCCAUGCGGAAAGCUGAAGCUGCUGGCAAUAAAGACUGCCCUGUGAAAAUUAAAUUAGUUGCACCUCCAGCAUAUGUACUUAAUACUCAGACUCUUGACAAGGAACAAGGCAUAGCAAUUCUUAAUAAAGCAAUAGCAGCUUGCUCUGAUGAAAUUGAGCGGCACAAGGGAAAACUCACUGUAAAGGAGGCAGCUAGAGCAGUGAGUGAAAGGGAGGACAAACUACUUGCUGAACAGAUGGCUAAACUUGGGCGGGAGAAUGAAGAGGUGAGCGGCGAUGAAGACAGCGAAGAGGAGGAAGAUACUGGCAUGGGAGAUAUUGACUUGGAGAACUCAGGGACUGGGAUAGCAGAGUGAAUCGGCCUAAGCCAUGGAAAAAAAAAAAUUGAGUUUUCCCCCCUCCUUGUAUCUUUAUUUUCAUUUACUUCUUUUUUUUUUUUGUUUCUUUGUAUUAAAUCAGCGUGAUACCUGGACUGGACCUGGUCCGCUGGCCGAUGUUGAGCAGUUUUGCCAAAUAUGAUUUGUUUGAAUGUUUUCCUCGCCGCUGUUUUAGCUAUAGGAUUGUCCGGACAUUGAACCAUUCGUCGAUGGUACACUAUUACUAUUUACCUUUUCCUUUUUAGCUGCA